GCGCAGAUCCAAACGGCCAGUUUGAGCACGCGCAUUAAAGUUGCUGAGGAGACGCUUCCUGUGCAUCGGAUGAAGAUGGCAGCGCCCAUAUCCAUACACCUGGAGUUCGGGGGUGGAGCUGAGUUACUGUUUGAUGGUGUUAAGACUCAUCAUGUAACACUGCCAUCUCAGUCUGAACCAUGGGAUGUGAAACAACUGUUAGAAUGGAUUAAAGCCAACCUUUUGAAAGAACGGCCAGAACUAUUCAUCCAGGGAACUACAGUGAGACCUGGGAUCUUGGUAUUGAUCAAUGAUGCAGACUGGGAGUUGAUGGGUGAAUUAGACUACAAACUUCAAGAUCAGGACAACAUUGUGUUCAUCUCCACUCUACAUGGAGGUUAAAACAGACUGAUAACACUGCAAGCCAACAUUGUUCAAAUACUUAUUCAAAAAAGGAAUCUCCUCCACAUUUAAUCCAAAGAUUGUUGAAGAGGUCUACGUUUUUUUUAAUGGAUGUGUCUGUCUGUCAGUCUUGUUCUUACAUACAGGAUUUAAUUCAGCAGGCAGAUAAAUUUGGACUGGUUUGUGGAAUUCAUUUUGGGCAGGAUUAAAGGGAGGGAUUAAAGAAAGAUAACCAAAAAACCUUAUGCCACUUUGAAAGGGAUCAUAGAAAAUGUCACUUUCAAUUAAAUAUUAAUUUAACUUUUUCCUUUAUAUAUGUAUAUGAAAAAGCAUUUGCAAUGUUUUGCCAAUGUUGGAAGCUGUUAAUUGUCGUUAACAGCUUUUACAUUUUAUAAAUGGUUUUUAGAAUUUAUCCAGAAAAUAGUUUUAUUGUCAAAUCAUGAAUAAUGGAGUUGUAAAGUGUAUGUCAUUGAAGUGAAAACUGUUACAUAUUAUUUACUUUGUAAACAUCUUUACUGUAGGUUUCUAAUAAUAAAUAAAGCACUGCUGAAGCAUGAGUGCAGGGAUAAAAAUUCUAAGGUUUUUUUUACAAAAUAAAAGUUACAAAUGUAAGGGUUUUUUUUUUGUUUAUUUUUUAUUAAUUAAAUUGGGAUUUCUUGGAAUUGAAGUGUUUUGAUCUCAGUGCUAUUAGACACCAGUGCUUUGCUGCUCAGAUGUAUUGAGCAGUUAAAGUAUACUUGACCAUUAAACUCCAUUGUGGAGACUAAAUAUUCUAUUGAUGAGAUGCUAUAAAAAUAAAUGAUAUUAUUUACUUUUGCACUU